AUGCAACCAUUUUUUGACGCUCAUUCCAAAGAAGUAGAUUUUUAUAAGGUGCUAGGGUGUGUGUCGACUUCUACAAAUGAACAAAUUCGAGUAGAGUAUCGACGACUGGCACUCAUGUACCACCCUGAUAAAUUAUCAAUACACGAUUCAAAAGACGCAGAAGACAUUGCCUAUAAAUACAAGGAAAUAAAGGCUGCAUAUGAUGUGGUCGGAGACCCUGUAAAGAGAGCAAUAUACGAUCGAUGGCAGCAAAGUGAGCUUCAGAUUCCAUUUUCAGAUUUUGCUCAGUUGAAUUCCCAUGGUCAGGUUGUUCAUUGGCAAACACUUCCGGCCAAGCGUACACUUACCACAAAAGAAAAUCUCGGGGCUCAAGAUGUAGAUGAAAGAAGGCCUUUUGUAGGAGAAACUUCUUCCUCAAUUCAAAUCAAUCCAGUAUCUUUCUGGGCAAAGGACGAUAUAUACUCUAAAUUUAGGGAUUAUCGCAUCUAA